AUGGAUUUGUCGAACAAUCAGUUCUCGAGUGAUAUCCCUACUGGAGUGGCAGAACUCGAUGACCUCUCUUAUUUUUCCUUAUCUAAUAAUAGAAUCACAGGUUCUAUUCCUGAUUCAUUUGGUGAAUUUUGGGGCUUGGAAUCCUUGGAUUUGUCGAGAAAUAUUUUAUCCGGAGAGAUUCCCAAGUCCUUGGAGAAACUCCGUUUUCUCAAAUAUUUCAAUGUAUCUUUCAAUAGGCUUGAAGGAGAAAUUCCUGAUGGAGGAACAUUUGGAAACUACUCGAUUGAAUCAUUUAAGGGGAAUGGAGCAUUGUGUGGUGCAGCUCGACUUCAUAUUCCAAGCUGCAACACUACACCUCAUAGAAAUUCCAAGUCAAGAAAUUGCUUGGUAGCGGAAGUUACGGUUCAGUAUACAGAGGGACUCGCCCAGAUGGAAUGA